UCGAAGAGGAUCCAUGAGUGUGAACUCUCCACAAUGUUUACAUAGGGGAAGGAUGGCCAUCAUCAGGUUGCUAGACGACCUGUGCAGCAACAGGAAACAGGAUGUUUAAAUAGACACUGGUUGCUUCUUUUUUUUUUUUUUACAUUACACAAGAUCAUAUCUACUAAUGUGACAAACUUCUCGCCAAAUGCUGAGGCGCUUUGUUUGUGAAAGCUACGCGUUUAGAUAGAGCUGCCACUCCAAAAAAAAAGUCUGUGGGAUUGCCCUGCGCGUUUCUUUUUUCUUUUCUUUCUUCUUUUUCUACCGUAUCUAAAUAUAAGACGGUGACAAAUAGUGCAAAUAGCCUACAGUAGCAACCCAACUGUGAUGUGGGGGUGGCGCGGCUCUAUCUCCAAAAGUCUCCUCUGUUGGAUCCGGAGUGCGUCAAGAGAAGGUCGCAGAGCGCCUCAGCUGCCGCGCGCGGCCGACUUGUCCCCCUUUCAUCUCGCUACCAUGAAGCGACAAAACGCCAGGACGCUCGCCCUCAUCGUCAGCAUCCUCACCUACCUGGUGGUCGGGGCGGCCGUCUUCGAGACCCUGGAGUCCAAGCAGGAGAAAAGUCACAAGAGGAGGCUGGACGCCAGGAAGUACGAACUCAUGCGCAAAUUUAACUUGACCAAAGCGAACUUCGAGGAGCUCGAGCUCGUCGUGUUGCAGCUCAAGCCUCACAAAGCCGGAGUCCAGUGGAAGUUCGCGGGCUCCUUUUACUUCGCCAUCACUGUGAUCACGACCAUAGGUUACGGCCAUGCAGCGCCCAGCACCGACUCAGGGAAGGUGUUCUGCAUGUUCUAUGCCCUGCUUGGGAUCCCGCUCACCCUUGUAAUGUUCCAGAGCCUGGGAGAGCGCAUCAACACGUUCGUCAGAUACCUGCUGCAUCAAGCCAAAAAGUGCCUGGGAAUGCGUCAGACCGAGGUCUCCAUGGCGAACAUGGUGACGGUCGGCUUCUUCUCCUGCUUGAGCACUCUGUGUGUGGGCGCCGCGGCGUUCUCCCACUGCGAGGGAUGGAGUUUCCUGCACGCCUUCUACUACUGCUUCAUCACGCUCACCACCAUCGGUUUUGGAGAUUACGUGGCCCUGCAGAGGGACGACGCGCUGCAGAACGACCCGCGCUACGUGGCUUUCUGCUUCGUCUACAUCCUCAUGGGCCUGACGGUGAUCGGUGCGUUCCUGAAUCUCGUCGUGCUUCGCUUCCUGACCAUGAACACCGAGGACGAGCGGCGGGACGCCAAGCAGAAGGCCUUGAUGACCGUGGGCAAGCCCCGAGGGGAGGUGGCUCGUCUUCUACCGCUCUCGACCUCAACCUCGUCCACCGUCGUAGCCAACAACGCCGCAAAGGCUAAAGAUUUAAAAGGUGCUUACACCGAGGUGUUGCAUUUCCAAACAAUAUGCUCCUGCUUGUGGUACAGAAGCAAAGAGAAUCUGCAGGGCUCCAUACCCACCAUGAUCCCUCAGGAGAUGACUUUCUCGGAUGCCUACUUGCAGCAGAACAGUAACUGUCCUCACUACAUGGAUCCUGGAUCGACAGGCUGUGUGUGCAGUCCACGUCAAUGCACCAGCAUAAGCUCCAUAACAACAGGCCUACACAUUCUGUCUCCAUUCAAUCUGUUUAAAAGACGCAGCUCCGUUUAGCCUUUCACAGCAACUGAUGACAACACUUAACUGCAACUAGAUGCACGUGGUGCUACAAUCCUGGUAUUCCAAGAGUAUAAUGCGCAAAAAAAAAGAAAGAAAAGGAGUAUGCACACAGCAAAGUCUUGAUCAAAUAUGUAAUGCAGACAGAACAGCCAACAAAGGGUUUCAUUUUGAGACUGUGUGUGUGUGUGUGCUCAAAGGAGUUAGGUCCAACCGGUUUGGAGUCACGUGGGUCACGGCACAUGAACACAGCGUGGUGCAUGUUGUGCCUAUCGGAUGCUUGGCCGGUGAAAUCAACAAAGUGAGGUGACGGUGAAAUUAAGAGAAACAAGAACUGAAUCUUGUUUUCAAUGCAGCGAAUAAGGAUUUUGCGUUUUCAUUAACGAGCGCGGCAAUACUUCCUAAAUGUUUCCUUUAUUCAUUCUGUUCCUUCAUCUUCUAAGUUUAGAGGGGUGUCAAUAUAUCCAGCUCACAGGACAAGGCGAGUGUAUGAGACAAGAUUUUAGCAAUAUUGUUGUUAUUUUUUGUACCCCUCCAGGGGGUCUUUUGUGGGCUCUAGUGUCCCUUAUAUGAUA